GGGAACCGGAAAAAUAGUGUUGUCUACCUCUACCCAUCGUAUACUUAACCUCAAACAUCUUAUUAUACGAAAAGGUUUUAUUAAAGGUGUAUAUACAAACAUAUUACAAGAAUUUAUGAAGUAGACGUCAUAUAAUUUUAAGAAGAGGUUUUUCUUCUUUUCUUUUUCUAAAAUGGAUUUUCGAUCCACUAAGGUGGAUCACAGUAUCAUAAGUUGAAAACAGACCAAAAAGUUCAGUUGGUCCAAUGUCCUGUCCAUCUGUCUAAGGAAAGAUUGGGAAAGAUUGAACUGGUUGAAGACACAAAAUCCUACCAACCGGUGGAAGUAACUUCAGAAAUCAUCCGAAUUUAGAUAUUAAUGCUAUUGUUACGGAGUGACAAAUAUCGAGAAAAUUUGUAAAAGCUACACAUAAUUUGCCAUGAUUAGGAUAUCAAUUUUUAUGUUAUUUUUUACGAACUUUUACACUACACUUUGCCAGGACGUUGAGAUUGACGCAAAUGGCUAUAUCGUUUAUUGUCCCUGCAUGGGCCGUUUCGGUAAUCAGGCAGAUCAUUUUCUAGGAGUCCUUGGAUUCGUCCAGGUUUUGAAUCGUACUCUAGUAUUACCGCCAUGGGUUGAAUAUCGUACUGGAGAGACAAGAUCUGUGCAAGUACCAUUCAAUACCUAUUUCAAUGUUUCUCAAGUACAAAGUUGCCACAGAGCAAUAUUAAUGGAAGAUUUUAUGAAGAAUAUUGCGCCGAAGAUAUGGCCACCUGAAAAAAGAACAUCUUUCUGUUACGAGGCCCGUGUAGGCAGCAAUGGAACCUCCUGCAAUGCGAAACAAGGAAAUCCGUUUGGCCCUUUCUGGGACACAUAUAAUAUAGAUUUCGUUAAAUCAGAAUUUUAUAAGCCACUCCAUUAUCAUGACGUAUAUUAUACCCAGACGAAACAGCAAUGGAAUCAGUAUUAUCCAGCUGAAACUUGGCCGGUAUUGGCGUUCACGGGUGCACCCGCCAGUUUCCCGGUCCAACCUAUGAACAAGCCUUUGCAGAAAUGUCUCAACUGGAAUAACGAUAUCUUGAAUAAAGCAAAGGCAUUUAUAAAGAAAACAUUGCCGAGGGGUGCGUUUGUUGGUAUACAUUUGCGAAACGGGAUCGAUUGGGAACGCGCCUGCGAACAUAUACCGUCUGCGCCAGAUCUUUUUGCUGCUCCUCAGUGUCUCGGUUAUCAAAACGAACGUGGGAAAGCCACCCUCUCGAUGUGCUUACCGUCAUUUGAUGUAAUAAUAACUCAGCUGAAGCGUGUUAUUCGUAACGGUAAAGAUAUCAAGUCUGUGUUUAUAGCAUCUGACAAUGAUUACAUGUUGGAUAGACUCGGAGAAGCUUUGUCGCGUAUGGAGAUAUCAGUGUUCCGACAAGAACCACCGGUAUCCUCGCAUUUGGAUCUGGCCAUUCUCGGAAGAUCCAACUACUUCAUAGGAAAUUGCAUUUCUUCUUUCACUGCUUUCGUGGCUAGAGAAAGAGAGGUCAGGGGAUAUCCUACGUUCUUCUGGGGUUAUCCUCCCAAAACCAGAACAGAACUGUGAUAUUAUAUUUUGUAAUAUGAUACUUGCCAAGUGCGCAAUCAUCAGAUAAUUUUUGUAUUU